UUCGUCAAAAACCCUAUCUACAAUGGCUGUUGUUACAUUUGAGAAAGAAACAACAACUUCACUCUCACAAGACAAAGUGUUUAAGGUCUUUAUUCUUCAAUCUGACUCCAUCAUCCCCAAAAUUAUGCCUCAAGUUAAGAUUGAGUUCGUCGAAGGAAAUGGAGGUCCCGGAAGCAUCAAGAAGACGACCUUUGGCCAAGGUAAUGAUGCGAAGUACAUUAAGAGCGAAAUUGAAGCAACAGACAAAGACAAUUUCACACACUGCUACACAAUUUUUGAAGGUGAGCCAUGGCAGGAGGGACUAGACAAGACUAGUUUUGAGGUUAAGGUAUCGGCUUCUUCUGACGGAGGAUCUAUUAUUAAGAGCACCAGCAAAUACUAUCCGAAACCAGGUUGCGAGAUCAAUGAAGAAAGAAUCAAGAUCGGAGCAGACAAGGCUUUCGACAUGUUUAAGGCUAUCGAAGCUUAUGUCUUGGCUAAUCCUGAUGUUUGAUAAGAGUUGUAAUUCCUAUUUUCUUUUGUUUGUGUAUGUGUCUUUUGAGUAAAACCAGUACCUGUGGCUUGAGAAUAAAAGUUUGUGGUUGCGUUGAGUUUUUAUUUUGUGCAUGGACUAAGAAGUGUAAUCCUUUAAUUAACUCAUAAUAAAUGUAAUGUAGUUUUCUUUA